AUGUCGCCGGCCGCAACGAGACGGUCGCGGAUGCAGCAGUGGUUCCCUGGCACCGCCCACCCGCUCAUAGUCAGCGCACCCAUGGCCGGCAUAACGAACCCCAGGCUCGCGAGCGAGGUGGUCCGGGCCAAUGGCCUCGGGUUCAUUCAAGGUGGUCGAACCUUCAAGCCUGGCUCGUCUUCCCUCGCCCAGCUCGAAGAGCAGCUGACGCUUGCGAGGAGCUUGCUGCCGCGCGAGAGAAACACGGACGAGAGCGACGAGAGCCAACACCCCCUCCCCAUCGGUGUUGGUUUCGUUUUGUUUUCGGACUGCGCGGCACCCCACUUCGGCAACACCACGGCGCCUAUCCUCGCGCGUCAUCGCCCCGCCGCCGUCUGGUUCUUCGCGCCGGACCCGGACAGACCCGAGACCUUGCGAACCGUCAUCGAGUCGCUACGCAGCACCGCUGCUACUGUCAACUGGAACCCGCGCGUUGUUGUCCAGGUCGGCACCAUGGAUGCCGCCCGCGAGGCGGCGGAACUCGGCGCCGACGUCAUCGUUGCUCAGGGUAUCGAGGCAGGCGGCCAUCAGUUCGUUCGGGCUGCCGGAAUUGUGAGCUUGGUUCCCGAGGUCAAAGACAUGGUGCGCAAUGAGUUCCCGGACAAGGAAAUCGCCGUCUGGGCGGCGGGCGGCAUCGCAGAUGGACGUGGUGUCGCGGCCGCGCUGGCCCUUGGGGCUGAGGCUGCCGUGAUGGGAACGAGGUACAUGGUCGCUCCUGAGUCCGACGCCGAAGACUACAAACGGAAGGCCCUGUUGGCGGCUUCCGACGGCGCGACUAGUACAGUAAAAUCGUAUGUCCACGACCACGUACAAGGGAACUUUACCUGGCCAACUCGGUAUGAUGCUCGCGCCCUCGUACACCGGUCGUACCACGACGCCCAAGCCGGUAUGACAAUCGAGGAGAAUGAAUCCCGCUACAGGGCGGCGAAAGAGAAGGGCGAUGUGUCCAUGAUGGUAACUUGGUCUGGAUCUAGUGUAGGUCUUGUGAAAAGUGCACCUCCCGCCGCUGAGAUUACGAGGAAGGUUAGAGAGGAGGCCGUAGAGGUUAUUGGCGCGUUAAAGGCGGUGUUAUAA